UUAUUAUUAUUUUAUCGAAUGACAAAUCAAUUACCCACUCGAUUUCGCUCCAAAUUUUACUCCAAUCUCUCUCUGGCCGAUGAAAUCCUCUCCAUCGUCCUACUUCACUCUCCGGCGACCACUGAGGCGGUCAGUUUACCUCUUCCGCCUCUGCCUACCGUUUCUAUAGGUGAUUGACGGCGGGAAGGGAGCUGAAAUCGGAGGCGAAAUGUACAAGAACCAGCUCCAAGAGUUGGCGCAGAGGAGUUGCUUUAAUCUUCCUUCUUAUUCGUCUGUUAGGGAAGGUCCUGACCAUGCUCCGAGGUUCAAAGCCUCCGUUAACUUUAAUGGCGAGGUUUUUGAAAGCCCUAACCAUUGUCCUACUCUCCGGCAGGCUGAGCACUCGGCGGCUGAGAUUGCUCUCAAUUCCCUUGCGAAUCGCGGUCCAUCUCACUCGCUUGCUGCUCGGAUCCUGGACGAAACAGGGGUUUACAAGAACCUCUUGCAGGAAAUUGCCCAGAGAGUCGGGGCUCCGUUGCCACAAUAUACAACAGUCAGGUCAGGACUUGGACAUUUGCCUGUUUUUACGGGGUCUAUAGAAUUGGCUGGAAUCCCGUUCAUCGGGGAACCUGCCAAAAAUAAGAAACAGGCAGAGAAGAAUGCAGCCUUGGCAGCUUGGUCAUCUUUAAAACAACUGGCAAAAGAAGCGGCAAGUUCAUCAGCAGUUGAAAGCAGCGACGAGCCCGAGCAAGUUAUGAUAGCUCGGGCACUAUCAAACUAUUGUUUAAAAGAGAAAACGUUCAGGACUAACUCAAAUGGCCCAAUGCCAUUCCCAAAGAAACUUUCAUUUCAGACUCCAAGAGCAACCAGUCAGCAUCCUCCCCCUGCAACCACAUCGAAAAUUCUCCCUUUCAUUUGCCAAAAACCAGUUCCUCGAAGCAGACUACCACCAACAAAAAACAACAGCACUACGUUACCAUCACAUCCUCUUACAGCCUGUGGGAGUCAUCCGCAAAAGUUCCCGGCACCUGGAGCAGUUCCUUAUGUCCCGAUUCAACAAUAUAGGAUGCCUUGUCGGGGAAUUGUACUACCUGUGACUAUAAGAACUGCUGUGCCUGUUUACUCUGCAUCACCAUGCCCACAACCCCUGAAGGCUCCCUCCCAGAUACGACCUUCCCAACCCAUUCGAAUUGCCCCUCCUGUCUCUAUUAGACAAGCCAUUCCAGUUUUUGCUGCUCCUCCACCAUUGUCAAGAAAGGAACUCUCUGCUCUUCCCAAAGGAGAGUCUCCCACUGUCCCUAAACAAGAUCCUCCAACCAUUGCUACUGAGGAUUCUGCCGAUUCCCUGAUAGCAGAUCAUUCAGUUGCUUCCACCCCAGUCUCGCUCACGGUGCCUCCUAAUCAAGUACCAGAAACUCAGAACACAAAAGCAAUCAAUUUGGAUGAAGAAACCAAAACAGUUAAAAAUCUGAAACAGCCCAUAAUCCAAUAGAUUGUCAUUUUUACCAUAUGAUGUGAUAAUCUCAAAUCAUCUAAUGUUAUUAGAUUAAUGUUCUGUUUUAGUCUCCUUUGUAAUGUCUCGACAGUUUUGUGUUUGCCAUAUAUGACCAAAUAGUUAGCCUUAAGAUAGACGAGUGAGUAUCCACAGCAGAAUGUUAAUUCUGAAGUCGUUCGCAUUUUGCCAUUUGCCAAAAGAUUUAAGUCAUUCAUUC